AUGAAUAGCGAGGGCUGGAGUGAGCCAUCACCUUUCAGUGAGCCCGGCUUCUUCGGGGCCCUCAAGCCACGGGAGAAGCCGCCCAGACCGACGACCCCAACUCUCACAGCGCUGGGAAAGGGGAAGCUGCGAGUCUCUUGGGCGAUUCCGACUUCAUGCCCGCCUGUGGAAGCAACCCAGGUGCAGCUCACGGAUGUGGGAACAGGAAACAAGUGGCUUGUUGAUGAAUCUGGGGCUUUGGUGACCUCUGGCCGGACAACUUUCGCAGCCACCCGAACUGAGGGCUUUGGAGAAUACUCCAUGGCGAGCGACGGUGUUGCCAACAUUGAUGCCAAGGACAUGCCCUUACCUGCUACUGAGUAUUGA